GCAUGUUGCUGAACGAUUGCAUGUGUUUAUUUUCUUUAAAAAAUGACGAGACAAUCACGUUAAGUACCCGAUGGCAGUUGCCUCGAUUUCAAGAAUUACGAAGAUUAUCAUUCGAAAUAGACAUCUAAAUUGUGUACGGAGUGUGUUUACUCGACGAAACAGAAGGCACCCGAAUGAGAACAUGAGUGGGGAUGGGGCGGCAGCAACAUGCUUUUUACAAGUUGUGGGGUCGGGUCCGGCACAUGCUCCGCCAGCCUUAUUUCUUUUCACCGAUUUCACCAAUCGUUAUUUAAUAAAUUGUGGUGAAGGAACACAGAGAAUGAUGACAGAACACAAGAUGAAGCUUUCUACUUGUGAUACUAUUUUUCUCACAAGCUUAAAAUGGAGCAGCAUUGGUGGUUUAGUAGGUAUGACUUUAACAUUAAAAGAUAUUAAGAUGAGAAAAGCUACAUACUAUGGCCCUUCUGGACUGUCUGAACUACUGUCAGCUACUAAAGCCUUUGCCAGACUUGCCGAAAUGGAAAUUGCACGGAAACGGAAACGAAGAAAGUCAGGUCCAAUUGGUGACGUGUCUAUUGCAUACAUUUUCAAGAUGCACAAUAAGCCAGGGAAUAUACUUGUAAACAAAGCCAUAUCGUUGGGCUUGAAGCCUGGUCCCUUAUAUGGAGAACUGAAGAGAGGAAAAACAGUAUUGACACCCGACGGCAAAGAGGUACAUCCAGCAGAUGUUUUAACACCUGUUGUUAUUGGUCCUGUAUUCAUAGUUCUGGAAUGUCCAACUGAGGAUUAUCUGGAUAGUCUUGAGUCUAGUACUAAACUGAAUGAAUACCUAAAAGAUGAUGUAGAACAGCCAGUAUCAUUGGUAGUGCAUCUAACACCUCCAGAAAUACUCAGUACUAGUAGAUACCAGGCAUGGAUGAAAAGAUUUGGUGAAAAAACAGAUCACUUAGUGAUGAACAGUGAAAGUGAAAGUCAUGGUUUAAAUAAAUCCUGGUUAUUACAAAACAAGCUGAAUAUGAUAUGCCCCCAAAUAUUUCCUGAUUUGAAAGGGCAGUAUACGGAUAUCCAACCCUUACAGAGUGAAAUGAAAGUUGACAAUGGUCUUAUAACAAAGGCAGAAUGUUUAAUGAAAUAUCACCUGAGACCACAUAGCAGAUGGGACAGAAGUGGAAUUCCAACUGUAACAAGAGAACAAAUCGAAAAAGAUGUCCACAUGAUACCAGGAUUUACAGAAAAACUCAAAGAUCUCAGGAAAACUCUUUCACAUCAUGUCAACUCUUCUAAUACUAGUGAGCUUACUGGUACUGAUGAGAGUGACACAGUAAAAACUGAAAUGCAAAGGACUAAUUGUGUAGAGUCAGCGAGUAAUAAUGUCACUGAACCUAAUGAUUCAGAAACAACUAGUGAAGUAGAUAAUAUUGUAACUUCAGUGAAAUAUCCAGAAGUUGUAUUUUUCGGUACGGGAUCAGCAAUGCCUAGCAACGCAAGAAAUGUUAGUUCAAUACUGCUUAAUAUGAAUAAUGAUACAUCUGUUUUAAUGGACUGUGGAGAAGGGACUUUUGGACAGCUGUUUCGUCACUAUGGCAACCAAACCCUAGAUAUAAUGCAACGAAUACAAUGUAUAUAUAUUUCUCAUUUACAUGCGGAUCAUCAUAUGGGUCUGAUAAGUUUAUUAAUUGAACGAAAAAAAUAUAUGGUUGCUCUUGGUGGCGAUGUCACUCCAUUAAAUCUUGUAUUACCCGCUCAACUUAUACAUUUUCUUAAUUUAUAUGAAAGAUUAUUCCAUAAAAUCCUAGACAAUGUAAGAAUAAUUCCGUGUAGAAAUCUACUUCCUUUUUCAAAAGACAAAGGAGAAAACGAGGAGUUGCUGCACACACAGUUGAACCUAGAAAAGAUGGAGACUGUGACUGUGAAUCAUUUUGCUCAACCACAUGGGCUUGCCAUCACACAUAGAGAUGGGUGGAAGAUUGUAUAUUCAGGAGAUACUAUGCCUUGUAAUGGGUUAGUAGAUAUAGGUAUGAAUGCUGAUAUUUUAAUACAUGAAUCUACUUUCGAAGACGGUUUAGAGGACGAAGCACUCGAUAAAAGACACAGUACUAUGUCACAAGCCAUAGAUAUCAGCAAUCAAAUGAAAGCCAAAUUUGUUUUAUUGACACAUUUUAGUCAACGUUAUCCAAAAAUACCAAUUAUUGAUGCAAAAGAUGAUAGAACACAGAAAACUGGUAUUGCAUUUGACCAUAUGAAGGUAACGAUUGAAGAUUUACCGAUAUUACCACAACUUGUACCUGUAUUACAAUGCCUGUUUCUGGAGGCCAUUAUGGAGAUGGAGGAAAGAACUUUCAAGCGUACACAGAGGGAGCGAGCUCUUGCUGAAUGAACUAUGAGGGCAUGCAUCAAUACCCAUAUAAUUUGGUUACCUUACAAAUGAGGGUACAUAUUUAAAUAUUGACAACACACGCAUCAUGCGAGUCUUACAGUAGCCACAGCCAUAAACGUCUACAAGUCUGAUAGUAGCUCGAACUGUGAACAUACCAAGUCUGCAGCACAUUUACAAGCAUGCUCAAUACAGUAAGCAACAAAUUGCUCCACUGUAAUAACGUAUUGGAGAUAAAUUCGAAAGAUUAUUUAUUGAACUAUUAUUUUUAAUUCAAUAGCCCAAUGAGCUUGACCUUAAUUUAAAGAUUAUUCAUAAUUCGUAUCUUUAUCAGUCUUAGGACUUAUAUGACAUAUUUGGUGGUAAGAAUUUGUACAAUUUUGGAUACAUUUGAGGAUUCGUCCUCGUUACAAAUUACUGCAGUAACAGAGAUGUCCAUGUUUCAUAGAAUACUAUUUAAAAGUAUUAACAAAACGAUCGUCAACUACAUGUAUUUCUGACAUGAUUUUGAGUACUUAAAUUCUACAAUUCAGAUCCCAAAACUGUAUUAAUGCAUAAUUGAAUAUAUACGUUUCCCUCGGUUGCACAAAUGUCAGUGUACACUGUUCAUAUACUUUAUUUGCUCUGUUAGUAGCACAUGUGCCGAAGUAAAUUUAUACAGAGGUGUUUCCAUGGUCAAAAUAAAUCGUAUUUUAAUAAUUCA